UAUAUAAGUCUGCUAACAAGGACGUUCGGCGACGUAGUGGUGGACGUCGAUAGUGGGUAACUGUGACCGUAGUUCAUGUUAAAAAGUAUUGCUAUAUCUAGUGUAACGUAAGAACGGCAUACGUUCAAGGUGGACAAAGGAUCAAUGAUUUGAAUAGAGGAAACAUUAUAAUGGAUGUUAUUGAGACGGUAGAAAUCAAGGAUGAGCGUGGCAACACCAUCCAGUAUUCCUUGUAUAAAGGGCAUGUGUUCCCUCCUCAUGUCCCAACUAACGCCCGGGACUUAGUACCCAACACUGCCCAGCUCAAAUGUCGACAGGAGGACGUGUUGCUAUACACUUACCCGAAAUCUGGAACACAUUGGAUGUACAACAUUCUACACAUGUUCCUGACAGGAACAAUGACAUAUGCGAAUCCCACGUAUCUGGAAUUCAACGAUAUUGACAUGAUAAAAACUAUGCCCUCUCCGAGGCUGUUUACAACACAUCUAGAGGUAGAUCUAUUUCCGGACGACAUUAAAAACGGCAAAGGCAUAGUUGUCAACAUCAUCCGGAAUCCUAAAAACGUCGCUGUUUCCUACUACUGCUUUCUGAGCGCUAUGAAGGAUGCAGGAUUUACAGGGGACUUCAGUGGCUUUCUACACUUCUUUCUUAAGGAGGAAU